AGAUGGGUUAAGGCUGUUGCAACAAGCAAUCAACAGAAUAAACUAAUGAAUAGAUUACAGAGUGGUGCUAAAAUAUUGAUGGAGUAAAAUUUUGUGAAAACCUUGAUGAUUUUUUUAUCUCGAAUGAUUGUAACUCUAAUCAGGCAAGAAUACUAAGCUCCUAAAUUAUAUUUACUUUUUAGUAAUAGCUUCCUCCUACACUAUCGUAGGAAAGUAUAUAAUAUGAAAAAAUGAACAGCUUACCAAAGUACAUUUUAGAUGAAGAAAGCCCAACAUUUAAAGCUUAAAAAAAAUUAUUAUCAGAGAAAUGA